UUCAUAGUCCGUUUUGGUGUUCCCUUCAAGCUAAGAUUAUCAUUUACAAGAUCUUUGCAAACAAGAGGUACUUUAUAUAUAUUCUUCAUAUUCUCUCGUAUAUCUCUGUUGAGUGUUAGUAUCUUUGGGCUGAUAUACUUUACAUAUAUCCUUCUUAUUUGAAACCCUUUGACCAUGGAGCUGUGGUUGGGGAGUGAAAUGGACAAGUCUUGGGUUUGGCUUCCAAGGACUAGCCUUGAGUAUGAGAAAGGAGCAACAAAUUUUGUUUAUGGGUCAGCAAAGAGGUUGGGUUAUCCUGCAAAGAUGUUUUGUCCAUGUCUCCAGUGCCGUAAUUUGUGCCACCAACCAAUAGCUACAGUCUUGGAUCAUCUGGUUAUCAAAGGGAUGGAUCAGAAGUACAAGCGAAACAAAAGUUGGAGUAAGCACGGGGAGAUAAGUGAAUUGAAGGCAGUUGAUGAGCAGAGUUCUGAGUUUGAAGCGUAUGAGUUGUUUAGAGCUACUUUAUUCGAUGGCGAUGACAAUUUACAGCCCCGGAGUGACAAAGCAGAUCAGCAUGAUGGUAUUAAAAAUGAAGCAGAGUUAGAGUUCACGAAGAAGUUGGCAGAUGCUGAAACUCCUCUCUACAACACAUGUCCUAACUACACCAAAGUGUCUGCGAUCAUGGGGCUUUACAGAAUAAAAGUGAAGGGCAGAAUGUCAGAGAAUUAUUUUGAUCAGCUCCUGAAGCUAGUUCACGACAUGCUACCUGAAGAUAACGUCCUUCCAACAUCAACCGAUGCGAUGAAGAACUACUUGAAGAUAUUUGGGUUUGGCUAUGAAAAGAUUCAUGCAUGCAAGAAUGACUGCAUCCUAUACCAGAGGCAGUAUAAGGAUUUGACAAGUUGCCCUAGAUGUAAAGCUUCUAGAUGGGAAGUGGAUAAGCACACAAAGGAGGAAAAUAAUGGGAUUCCGGUUAAGGUUCUAAGAUACUUCCCGAUUGAAAAACAAAAAAAAAUUGAAAUGAUUGAAGUUUCUUUAUUUGGAAUCGUCUUAGGUCUAAUUCCUAUUACUUUGGCUGGAUUAUUCGUAACUGCUUAUUUACAAUACAGACGUGGUGAUCCAGAUUUAGAAGGAUGUAUAGUUCAAGAAAGGUUGCCGAGGAUCUGCGUUGGCAUUUCAGUAAUGCUUCAGCAGAUGGAACGAUCCGACACCCAGUGGACUCAAUAACUUGGUCUCAGGCGAAUGCAAAAUGGCCGGAGUUUGCGUCUGAACAGAGAAAUCUCCGACUUGGUCUGUCUACAGAUGGGAUGAACCCGUUCUCGAAUCAGAGCACGAAGCAUAGUACAUGGCCAAUGUUACUUGUCAACUACAACAUGGCACCUACGUUGUGUAUGAAGGCAGAGAAUGUAAUGCUCACCCUGUUGAUUCCUGGACCGUCUGCACCAAGUAACAACAUCGACGUCUAUCUUCAACCUUUGAUAGAAGAUCUACAUGAUUUAUGGAGUGAAGGUAUUGAGGUUUAUGACUCCUUCUCCAAGGAAACUUUCAAUCUCAGAGCUAUGUUGAUGUGGACUAUCAGUGAUUAUCCUGGUUUGGGGACGUUGGCAGGCUGUAAAGUCAAAGGUAAACAAGCUUGUCAUGUUUGUGGGAAGGAUACACCUUUUAGGUGGCUGAAAUUUAGUAGAAAACAUGUCUACUUGCGCAAUAGGAGACGACUCAGACCAGGUCAUCCGUACAGACGCAGACAGAGUUGGUUUGAUAACACUGUAGAAGAAGGUACAGUACCUAGAAUUCAGUCAGGGGUUGAGAUAUUUGAGCAGUUGAAAGAGUUUAGGAAUGAUUUUGGUAGGCCUUUAGAUAACAAAGGAAAAAGAAAGAGAUCUGGUUUGGUUGAGGAUGAAGAGCUUUCAAAAGAUGAAGUUGAUGAAGAAAGUGAUCGAUGGAGGUGGAAGAAGCGGUCUAUUUUCUUCGAUCUACCUUACUGGAAGGAUCUGCCUGUACGUCAUAACCUUGACGUAAUGCACGUUGAGAAGAACGUGUCUGAUGCCAUACUGUCCCUCCUGAUGCAAAGUGCUAAAUCAAAAGAUGGCUUGAAGGCCCGACAUGAUUUAGAAGAUAUGGGGAUUAGAAAAAACUUGCACGUACAAGUACGUGGGAAGAGAAACAAUUCCUGCCACCUGCUGCUUAUUGGUUGUCCAAGACGGAGAAAAAGAAGUUCUGCAAGAGAUUGUCUGAGUUUAGAGGACCAGAUGGCUACUGUGCUAAUAUAGCCAACUGUGUUUCAGUUGAUCCACCAACAGUUGGUGGCUUGAAGUCUCAUGAUCACCAUGUGUUACUGCAAAACUUGUUACAUGUGGCUCUGAGAGGAUUGCUUCCAAAUGGGCCUCGUAUUGCAGUGAAUAGAAUAUGCAACUUCUUCAAUCAAUUAUGUCAGCGUGUGCUUGACCCGGAGAAGCUUGUAGCAUUGGAGAAUGAGGUUGUCGAGACAUUGUGUCAAAUGGAGAGGUUCUUUCCUCCAUCUUUGUUUGAUAGCUAAAGAGAAAAGUAAAGUUCAGGAGGAUCGUUCACCAUCAACCAACACUGGUACAAGCAAAGGUCAAGUUAGGUGUCAAUUACUCGAUUGGUAUUCGGAAGAUGAGGUUGUUGUCGGUGAAGGAGAUCUAUGCUCUGUCGAACCAACUUACAAGAUUGGCCGUAUUCCACUUGGACCUAAUGCCGCAGCUGUAAUUGUCAACUUCGUUGUGGAUAAAGAAGCAUAUGUAUGGAGGCCUACAACAACUAUCACCUUACUUGGGGAAGCAGUGGGAACCAAAAUUGCAUGGCCAUUCGAUAAGGUCAUUCUCGAUUCAAUGGAAUCGCCAACUGUAGAGAAGACUGCUGGUUCCUCGGCUUCUAAGGCAAUGGAAGAUAGAAUCCAGAUUAUUGCUUGGACUAAUGAUGCUGAAGUGAUUGCUGAGGGCUAUUUGAUUUCAACUGAUCCAGCAGAGAUGGUCAAUAAUAUUAAUUUGGGUCUGAAUGCUGCAAAAGUGAAGAUUGACAAGGUGAUUGAUGAAGAGGCUUAUCUGUGGAGACCAAGUGAAGACAUGAAAGUGAUUGGCGAUGCACUGUUUGAUUACAUAGCAUGGCCAGUUUCGAAGGUUCUACUGUGUGAAGGAGCAAGACCAUCUAAAGAUUCAUCAUCGAAGGUUCCAUCAGUUAGUAAAGGACCAGUUUUUUCUAAGUCAUCAUCUAAAGAUUCAUCACCUAAGAGUGUGGCUAACAGCUCAAACACAAGUGGCUCUCCGAAGAGGCACUGCUUGCUCUUAGACUGCUUUGGAUCAGGGAAAACUGUUGCAGAGGACAAAGUUUUAUCAAACCAUCCAGAAGACAAAGUCCACUUUGUUCCUUUGGGUCCAAACGCCAGCAAGGUAUGGGUUGAGGUAUGUAAGAUCGAUGAUGCCCGUGUAUGGAGACCAAACUCAGAAUUCCAGCUUGUUUCUGAUGCAUUAGGUUCUACUGUCGCUUGGCCUAAUGACAAGAUUGUUUAUAUGUGAACCAGUAUCUUAUAUUGGAUUCACUUGGAUUGUUGAACUUGUUUGGCUAGUUGAAUACUUUGUUUCUGGUUUGGUUG